AUGUCGGUUACACUGCACACGACGUUGGGUGACAUUAAGAUUGAAGUUUGCUGCGAUACCGCUCCCCGUAUUGCUGAAAAUUUCCUAGCACUUUGUGCAUGUGGUGCAUACGACGGCACAAACUUUCAUCGAAAUAUGAAAGGUUUUAUAGUGCAAGGAGGUGACCCGACAGGAACGGGCAAAGGUGGAGAAAGCAUAUGGGGUGGAGCAAUCGACGAUGAAUUUCACCCACAGAACAGACACAAUUGCCGAGGAAUUGUUUCCAUGGCCAAUAGCGGCCCCAACACCAACAAACAGCAAUUUUUCAUCACAUACGCCAAGCAGCCCCAUCUUAACAACGUUUACACGAUCUUUGGCAAGGUUAUUGAUGGUAUGGACACGCUGGAUGCCAUGGAGAAAACGCCUGUAGAUGUCAAAAAUCGCCCCCUAAACGAAAUCGUGAUCAAAUACGUCACCAUGCAUGCAAAUCCCAUUGCGGACAUGUGA